UCAAUACCCCAAUAGAGUGAGAGACUCCUUAUGGCUGAAAAAAAAUAGCCGUUGCAUACUACCCUUUCUCCUUCAUCCUCUCAAAGUUGAAACCCUCAAUCUUCCAUGAGUCUGGCACUGCUGCAUGUUCGCCGCACCCAAAAUAGAGCAGAGGGAGAAAAGAUGGUUUGGAUAAUACUGCAGAAGCACAUAAUGACCUUAAAAUUCUUGAAGUGGCAUCUGAUCGCGUCAGAAAAGGUUCAGCUGGUGUUUCUGGAUCGAUGAUGCUGUUGAGUUCGUGCCAAAGAAUGCAUGCUCCAUUUACUCAGGUUGGAUUUUCCCUUGCUUUUGUAGUCCAUGAAUCUGCUAAUCCACAUAUUGCUGUAUUGGGUCGUCUUCCUGGUACAACAAUUUAUAGGAAUGUUCAACAAUAUCCAGAAGCAUAUACAUACCAUGGAAUAGUGCUUGUUCGUGUUGAUGCGCCAAUAUAUUUUGCAAACACUAGUUACAUUAAAGAUAGGCUGUGCGAAUAUGAAUCCAAUCCUGAUCAAUCUAUACGUGUGGGCCAGAAGUCGAACAAAUUUAUAUUGGGAAAUUUAUUUUGAGCUUUCACGUGAGUAAUUGCAAUUUUCUCUUUUCAUUAUUCUCUCCUUUCUUGUUUUAGUGUGUCAUUGAUGUUAGAUUGGACUUAAGAAUAUGGCAUAUACAUAAUGAGACCAACCAAAUCUUUUAAUUAAUUUACUAAAAUUUAGUAGGUUUGGAUCAAAAGACCUAUCCCAAGUAAGAGUUAUAAAAUCUUUGCCCUCAUGAAAGGCACUGAGGCAGUGAGUUGAUGCUAUAAUAGCAUGGUAUCCUAAUAGAUAUUAGAAUGCUUGAACUACAACAUAGUGGUGAGCAACAAAGGCAAGGUUUUGCCAUGGGAUAUCGAAAUUAUGUAAUUAUCUUUUGUCAUUGUCACCAAAGGUGAUCUUGGGAUUUACAAGUCUCAUACAACUCUGUUCUCGUGAACCUAAAGAUGAUAUUAGAAUGAUUGAACGACAACAUGCAUAGAAUGAGCAACAAAGGCAGGGUGUUGCCGUGGGACAUUCUAAUUAUAUAGUUAUCAUAUGUCAUCAAAGGUGGUGGUUAAAGUUCUCAAAAAAACCUGUUAAUAUAUUAAAGGUGGUGGUGGUGGAAGCAUCUACGAGAGUCAGUAAUAGUUAUAGUUCUGGUGGUACUUUUGACGAAGGCUCAGAUAUGUACCUAAAGUUAGGGUAGGUCCAAUCCCUUUUUAAUUCCAUGAUUUAGCUUGACUUGCCUUUAAGUCAUGCAUUCAAGAGUUAAUGCUACUCUCUAUUUUGUUUUCAUAGAACCUUUUGUGAUCGUUGUUGCUGUUUUUUUUUUUUUUUUUUUUUUUUGGCAAUUGUUGAUGGUGAUAUAUUACCAAACACAUAUUGCUAGUAAUUCUAGAAUCUACUCUUAAAAAAAAAAGUGUUGCAAGUAAAAAAAAAAACUGUAGGAAAUAUAUAUUUUCAAGAUGAAUAUAACAAUAUGUAUCUCUGAAUAUCGAAAAUAAUUUUAUGAAUUUUGUCCAAAAUGAAAUCCAUGUCUGGGUGUCAAGAUGGGUACAUGAGUUAAUAAGAAAAAUUUAAGCACAAAAGGUAGUGGUGAAGGUCAUGUGUGUCUGUGUGUUUGCGGUUCUCCUGCCUGCCCACCCCCCAAAAACAUUUUCUUUUUUCUUACAAUUCCUUUGAGGAGAAAUAAGAUUAAUAUAGAGAAUGAAGAAUGAGCUAUUGUGAUACGAUGCCUGAAAAGAACAUGACAUAUUGAGAGGCGACAUUUAAAUUAAAUGUAGAAAGAUUGUUUGAGAAGAGGAGGUUGACGUGAGAGAAUAUGG